AUACAAUAUGUGUGAUCUGCGGUUGACCUCUCGAAAAUGCAAGAAUGUGUAAGGGUUGAAGCGUACUAUAGCGCAUGCGCGGGAUGCUAAUAGUUGUGCGCUGGUAGCAUCAGUUGCUAAGCAGUGGGAAGCGGCUCCAGGACCAGGAGAAGUCAUCUAAUCGCCCCAUCCAGUCACAGCCCUCAUACAGUCAUGCUUGGCCUUUAGUGCGGUAAAGUCUGAAGCCCACAGUCAUCACUAUGGCUGGAGAUGAACAGGGAGUCAUUGAGGUUGACCAAGAGCAAUAUGACGCAGAUGAAAAUGUCAAAAUCAUCUGUCUUGGGGACAGCGCAGUUGGAAAAUCAAAGUUGAUGGAGCGUUUCUUAAUGGAUGGAUUUCGUCCCCAGCGGCUUUCAACCUUUGCUCUAACGCUGUAUAAAUACACUACAACUGUGGAUGAUAAGACUGUCUUGGUUGAUUUUUGGGAUACAGCUGGACAAGAGAGAUUCCAGAGCAUGCAUGCUUCCUAUUACCACAAAGCUCAUGCGUGUAUCAUGGUUUUUGAUGUGCAGCGCAAAGUUACUUAUAAAAAUCUGUCUACGUGGUAUCAAGAGCUGCGAGAAUACCGGCCACAAAUCCCUUGUAUUGUUGUGGCUAACAAGAUUGACGCUGAUCGCCGCAUGACCCAGAAAGGUUUUAAUUUCGCCAAGAAGCACAACCUGCCAUUUUACUUUGUUUCUGCUGCCGAUGGUACCAAUGUAGUAAAGCUGUUCACAGAUGCCAUAAAACUAGCGGUAUCUUAUAAGCAGAACUCAAGGGACUUUUUGGAUGAAGUGAUGCGGGAGUUGGAGAACUUUGAGCUGGAGAAGCCGGAAGACACAUCUGAUAAAGAGGAAAUAUCUGAGGGCACAGAGUCCCCAAAGACUGUUUGAGGUGGCACUCACAGAGGCUAUGUUUAAGCAAUACUUUGAAGCAAUGUGCUGCUGUUAGCACCCACAACUUAUCAAUAAGAGUUCCCCCACAAGAAUGUCGAUGACCAGUUCGAGUUGGAAUCUGAACGCUCACAAGCCACGGCCAUGCUCCUGGUUGAGCGUCUACUCCGCCA